UUUAAGAGUCUUUCCUGCACUUGCAGUCUAUGCCCUUUGUUGUAAAGGGCUUUCCUGCUCUAGUAAUCUAUAUUAUAUAGUGCUCUAAGGGCCCUUCCUGCUCUGGCAGUCUGCUGUGUGCUGAGGGCCCUCCUUGCUCUGACAGUCUGUGAUUCCGUUAAAUUCAAUGUGACAUUGACUCACCCACUGGCUUUUCCUACUCGACACUUUAGAAAUUUGUCUUCUCACCAUCCGACAGGCAGCCCAGCUAUUAGGGAUGAUAAGAUAGUUGCUCUGUCUCCCUACACUCUGGAUGAUGGACACAGAACAUCAGAGAUCUUUGUACAAAACAACCUGGGCUUUGUAAAGUGAAGUUGAAAGAGGUUAGAGUUCCAUUCUCUUCUUUCUUUCCCAUCCUCUUUCCUCUCCCCUCUGGUGUAUGCCUCUUGUGUGACAAGACCCCAGGUGGGGAAUAUAUGACCCAGUACUUAAAUCUAUGGUGCUAACCCUAAUCAUGUAGCAAGAUCCUUUGGGAACAGCUGGGCAUUCUUGAUUACCAAGACCACCAAGAGACCAUCCCAAGUAAGAUUGUUGAGCCAGGGCAAUGGGGGAGACUUGGGGUGCUCCCCUCCCCCUGGGGGGCACAAGUAUGGGGGUGGGAGGCGGGUGCAGCCAUGCAAGGAGCCACGAUAACUUCCUGUCCCCGCCCGGAGCUCACCACAGCUUCCUGCUGCGGGCGGGCAGCGCUGAGUAUAGGAGAGGAGGGGAUCGGGGGAACGGAACCGUCGGGACCAGGGACCAGAUGGAGACCACCUCCGUGGGUACUGGCCUCCUCUGGCUCCUCAUUCUACUGUUCCCAGCCUUGCUUGUCACUGCUCUGUGUCUGUGUUGCCGGGACCUCCCUGGCCCCAAUUCUGAGGUCCCCUCAAAUGACAGCUCACAUCAGACAAGUAGUGGAUUAGUCAUCAUCAAACCCCGCUACACUAAUACUUCGUGGCCAUCUACGUGGCCCCCUGGCCAGUCAGAUCUCCCUAUCCCCAGGUCUCCACAACAUCCAGGGUUGUCACACCGGAUUCCUUCUUCUCGAAGGGACCCAGACAACCGCAGUGAACCCAGCUAUGAGAAUGAGGAACCUGAGGAUGCUGAUGAGGAAGAGGAGGACUACCCCAAUGAAGGAUACCUUGAGGUUCUACCCGAUGGCUCGCCAAACUCCAGUUCUGCACCUCUGUCCAACUCUGCACCUAGCCUGGGCAAUCCCGGCCUUAGGGACAGUCCAUCUUCUAUGGUAUCAGGAGAAGAUUAUGUGAAUGUCCCAGAUAGUACAGAGGUAUCUCUGGGUGGUAGCUGUGAAUAUGUGAAUGUACCAGAAGCCCAGGAGGAAAGGACACCUUCGAGUAGGACCCCAGUGACUGACCAGGACGGUGAGGAAGAGGGACCAGAUUAUGAAAAUGUACAGGAACAAAGUGGAUAUUCCUUCACCUAAGACCCAGCGCCUCUUGGAUAUGGGCGAAUGGAAGCAUCAGUGGAUCUUCUGAGCACCCCUGACCUCUGUUUCCCAUCCUGGCACCAUCCUGAGAGUCAGCCCUUUAACUUAUUAUUACUUUAGAAAUACCCCGGCCCCUGACCCCAUCCCAAGCAGUCUGCACCUUCUCCUGACAUAGCCUGAGAACAACUCCCCCCUUUGUUCCCUAGCCUGUGGGCUAUGGUCCCUCCUUAGUGUAUUGAAUUAAAGUCCAAGACUUUCUA